GUGGGUGAAAAAAUGUGUCAACUAAUGGCAAACGGUAUAAAGUUCACCACAUUCAAACGCUUAGUCACGAAACACAGUGGAUCGGACGUCGAAAACUCUGUGGAAUAUGCAGUAUUGGUCGUGCGACAGCACGCAUAAGAAAACGGCGUGCUCGUGACGGUAUGAGCAUUGGCAUCAUACACGUUUCUUCCAACUGGAUACUUCGAAAACGAUGCAUAAAAUGUGGUGUUGGAUAAUAGUGCUUCAUCUAUUCGUCCUUUAUGAUUUCAUUCACUGUAUCACAUUGACCGAGGUGCGAGUUCCCAAACAUACGAUCCGAGGCCACGCCGUCAAACUCGAGUGCCACUACGAUAUGGAGGGCGAAGCACUGUAUUCAGUGAAAUGGUACAAGGAUGGACGUGAAUUUUAUCGUUUCGUGCCAAGAGAUGAUCCUCCGGGAAGUGUUUUUCCCCAACCAGGCAUAGCCGUAGAUUUAGCAAACUCAACAAGCGAACAAGUGAUCCUAGAUCCACUAGACUUAUCCUCCAGCGGGAAGUAUAGAUGUGAGGUAUCCGCAGAGGCUCCUUCGUUUCAAACGGUCUCGGACCAUGGCGAAAUGAUGGUUGUGGUUUUGCCGGACCAAGAUCCGCACAUCUCCGGUGGCAGACCACGCUACCAACUAGGUGAUCCGGUGCGUGUGAAUUGCACCUCAGGCCGCUCCAAACCUGCAGUCCAUCUCACGUGGUACAUCAACGGCGAACCGGCUGAACCAGGACUGGUGAAAAGGUACGAGCCUCAAAUUACGGGGAUCGACAAACUGGAAACAUCCGUUCUGGGACUCGAGUUUCGCGUCAAACCGAAACAUUUUAAGCACGGCGAUAUGAAGUUGAAGUGCCUCGCGACCAUCUCGACCGUAUACUGGAAGAGCAACGAGGAAAGUGUUGAGGGUGAGAAAUUGCAGAAAGCACCUACCCUGGAGUCUAGAAGGGACGUAUCGGCCGACUCGCGAGCGGACCGAGUACAAGCAGCUGCCUCGAAUAAUGGGGCGACGGAAAGUGUUGAGCGCCUGUCGGUAGCCAAAUUAGUAAUUUAUAGUUUUAUUUUGUUGACCAGUUAUCGUUACACUAGUUAAAAGUCAACGUUAGGUAGGAAGCAGAGUAUCAAGAAGCUGGGGAAUGAAAGACAUGCAUCACUCAAUUGUUCACUUUCUUUCCUAAUCGUCCUUGUUUGUCAAUUAGCGUCGUGCAUGCGUU